AUGGUCCAUUCGCGCCUCGCCUGGUACCUUGAAAGUACGGGCUUCUUCCCGCAGGUGAUGGCCGGAUUUAGACAAGGUAGAUCUGUCGUUGACAAUGUCAUCGCCGUCACCUCCUCCGCCCGAUCUGAAGGCCUACAUACCGCCGCUGUCUUCCUCGACGUUCUCAAGGCUUACGACAGCGUACUCCACAGUACUGUUGGGGCGACACUCCAAGAGGCUGGCGUAGGUGGCCGGAUGCUGUCGUGGAUUCAGGGCUUCCUAUCGCACAGGUCUUUGUUUGUGCGCAGUACGGAAGGGGACACCCAAUCCUUCCCUGUUCGCCGCGGCGUCCCGCAACGUAAUGUGCUCAGCCCUCUUCUGUUCAACGUUGUCAUGGCCUCCCUACCAGCUCACCUCCGAGGCAACGCCAGUAUCACCAUCUACGCCGACGACAUAUGCCUGCGGACCUCCGGCACGUGCCGUGACGCGAUUCAGCGUCGCCUGCAACGAGGCGUCGAUGAUGUUGUCCAGUAUCUUUCCGGCCUGGGACUGUCUGUUUCAUCAUCCAAGACUGUCGCCAUGGCGUUUACGCCCCGAUCAUUCCGGCAGUUCCUGCUACGGGUUGCAGGUUUGCCGGUGGAGUUCGUGCCACACCACAGUUAUCUGGGCAUUACCAUCGACUGGGGCCUCACCUGGUCCAAACAUACCAAAGCUCUAUCCUCCCAGCUGUCUGUCCUCGUGAAUGUCCUGCGACGGAUCUCUGGAACGUCAUGGGGCCCUACCUGCACCGACCUUAAGCUCGUCCACACCUCGCUGGCGACCGGAACCCUGAGGUACAGCCUCCCAGUCCUCCACGCCGUAAGCAAAGCCAAUGACCGCGAGCUCCUCAACAUCCAGGCCCGCAGCCUGCGCGUCUGCCGGGGUGUUCCCAAAACGACAGAGACAUACCUGGUCCUAGCAGAGGGCAAGGAGUCUCCAGCACACAUUCUGCGCGACCUGGAAACCCUUCGCGCCUACUCACGAUACCUUACUCGUCAUCCCGCCCACCACUUGCGGGAAAUCGACCAUGACUGCCCUGCGUCGGCAUUCGGUGUCGCUGUUCAGCGACUGAAGGUGUCGGUCCCAUCAACUGCGUCUACUUCGUCUUACGCCCCACCAAUGUGGUCGAUGGUCACACCCGCCGUGUACACACAUAUCCCUGGCAUCACGAACAAAAACGACCAUCCCCCGCCUGUCCUGCGGUACUGGAGGGUACUGCGGUACUGGCACCUCGUGCUGGAGCACAUGGACGCCCUACACAGCCAGCGACUGCAAAUAUAUACCGACGGCUCCGUCUCCGCGGGCGUCUCCACAGCAGCGCUGUUCCUCCCUUCCGAAAACAUCGAACAAGCCUUCAAGCUUCCCCACGAAACGUCGUCCACCGAAGCGGAGCUUGUAGCCAUUCACGAAGCACUGAAGCUUGUAUCCUCUCGUCCACCUGGAAGCUGGACAGUCCUAACAGACAGCAGGUCGGCGCUGGAGGCACUGUCUUCGCCUCGCUCACAAGUUGUUUCUGACAUCCGCUCACUGAUCCUGAUUGUGCACAACCUCCUCGUCACCUCCGACCACUCCGUGUUGUUUCAGUGGGUGCCAAGCCGCAUUGGCUUGCCGGGAAACACACAUGCCGACACAGCAGCGAGGCGCGCUCAUGGCGCAGCUGAGUGCAACACUGUCAUCCCGUUAUCACCAUCCGUCUGCCUCAUACACAUCCGCCGGCGGUUUUCCUCCGACACCCACCUUUUCAUAGAAAACACUGUCGCAGCCAACACCUUCCUCCACCUCAUUGACCCGAAGAUGGCCUUCAGUGUGCCGCUACGGCUGUCUCGAAAGGAAGAGUCAGCUCUCCAACGUCUUCGCCUGAAAGUUGCCCGUACUCCAUCGUGCCUGUUCAAGAUCAAGCAGCGUCCCUCUUCGGCGUGCCCCUCCUGCUCCAACGACGCCGACACCCACCAUUGA